UUGUUACGUAUACAGUUAUUAUACCUGAUAUAACCAGAAUGUCAUUGUCUGAAUUUGCUGACCAAGUAAAUCAAAAGCCACUCAAACGUCAUAAGAAGGACGAGUUUUUGAAGCAAAAAGUUCAGAGGAAAAAGUUUAAAGCAGAAAGGAAAUUGAAAAAAUUAGAAAAACAGAUUGUGAAAAAGAAAUCACAAACACAGGAUAUGAUUGUGAUUUCAGAGGAAGAUGACGAAGCAGAAACAAAUGGACGAGAUUACACAAUUAGUAUUGCUCUUCCUGGUUCAAUUUUAGACAACGCUCAAUCUCCAGAAUUGAGGAGCUACCUAGCUGGACAAAUUGCUCGAGCAUGUGCAAUUUAUCAGGUGGAUGAGGUAGUUGUGUUUAAUGAAGCAGACUCUGACAAAAAGGAAAGCGUCGAAGGAGAGUUCAAAGGAGUAGGAAAAAAAGGUGACGGAUGUGUUCAACUCGCUAGAAUCCUACAAUAUUUAGAAUGUCCUCAAUAUCUGAGAAAAUUCUUCUUUCCCAAGCAUCCAGACCUGCAGUAUGCUGGAUUACUGAAUCCCCUUGACAGUCCCCAUCACAUGAGAAUUGAUGAAGAUGUUCCAUUUAGGGAAGGUGUUGUUUUAGAUCGUCCGACCAAAGAGGGAAAAGGUUCUUUCGUGAACUGUGGUGCUGUUAAAAAUGUUCAAAUCGACAAAAAAUUACAAAGCAAUGUAAGAGUGACUGUUCAAAUGUUGGAAAACAAAGAAGAAUCUCCAAAAUAUUUUAGAGGCAAAGCAGUGAGCCCAACAACCCCACGUUUAAAACAUGGAUUGUAUUGGGGUUAUAGUGUAAGACUUGCACCCAAUCUCAGUUCUGUUUUCACUCAGUGCUCCAUAGCUGAUAAAUAUGACAUCAUGAUUGGGACUUCAGAACGUGGUGAAUCAAUAGAUGAUUUUAUUUUGCCAUCGUUCAAACAUCUAUUAAUAGUUUUUGGUGGGGUCAAAGGUCUGGAAGAGAGUUUAUCAGCUGAUGAAGACUUGGAUGAAGUUGAUGACCCAUCUUGCUUAUUUCAUCAUUACUUGAACACCUGCCCAAACCAGGGUAGCAGGACUAUAAGAACUGAAGAAGCUAUUUUAAUUACGUUGUCUGCACUUCGACCAAAAGUAAUGCAAUCUAUAGCAAUAAAGUGAGAUCUA